AUGCCCAGCAAAGAGAAGCUCGCGAAGAAGAAUGCGUACUUUGCCAAGCUUGUGGACCUUUGCGUGAAUACUCCCAAUGCCUUGCUGGUCAGCGUGGACAACAUCUCCUCCAAACAGAUGCAGGACAUCCGCAUGGAGCUGAGAGGGAAGGCUGUGGUCUUGAUGGGCAAGAACACCAUGAUCCGCAAGGCGCUGGCGAACGGCCACACCGAGCACCCUGAGGCUGGUCUCGACAAGCUCCGGGCCAUCAUCCAGGGCAACCUCGGCUUCAUUUUCGCCACGAACUGCACCACAGAUGACAUCAGAGAGGUCUUGGGAAAGUACAAGAGAGAGUCUGCCGCGAAAGCCGGACAGAACUCCAUCGUGGAUUGGUUCAUCCCUUCCGGACCCACUGGCAUGGACCCUUCCCAGACCUCCUUCUUCCAGGCCUUGAACAUCGGUACCAAGAUCGUGAAGGGACAGAUCGAGCUGGUCUCCGAUUUCAAGAUCUUAGCCGUGGGCGAGCGCGUCACAGCCUCCGGUGCAGUCCUGCUCAACAAGCUGGGCAUCCGACCCUUCGAGUACAAGAUGGAGGUGAAGUAUGUCUUCCAGGAUGCCGCUGUUUUCAGCGCAGCCGUCCUGGACAUGUCUGAGGAGAUGCUCAUCCAGAAGUUCUUGGCCGGUAUCGCCAACAUGGCCGCCUUCAGCCGAGAGGUGGGCAUCCCCACGGAGGCAGGUUUGCCUCAUGCCUUCGGCAACGCCUUCCGAAACGUGGCGGCGCUGGUGGCGGACAUCGACUUCACCUUCAAGGAGGUGGAGGAUGUCAAGAAAUUCUUGGAGGACCCUGAUGCCUAUGCCGCAGCCAACCCUGUGGCGGCAGCUGCCCCGGCGGCCGGUGGCGGUGAAGCCAAGAAGGAGGAGAAGAAGGCUGUCGUGGAAGAGGAGGAGGAAGAGGACAUGGAGUUCGAUCUCUUCGGAUAA